GAGGAGGAGGAGGGAAGAAGAACUUAAAGGGAAAAAAAAAAAGCACACAGAAAAACCCAAUGAAAGCACUUGUGGGGCAGCCAGCUCAGGUGGCACAGGGGGAAGACGGCUGGCAGGAGGUCUGGAGGGAUCUCGUGCAGGCCCAUUGGGCUGGGAGCAGUGCCACAGCUAAGCCACGCAGCACAAAGGAAGGUCCCCAGUUGUACAUCCACAGAGCUGCUGCUUUAGGACUGCGGCUCCCAGGAUGACCAGGGGGCUGUGGUUGCACCUUGGCCUCGCAGCAACACCCUAAACCAGAUUCCAGUUUCUCCUCUGUCUCAGCCCCAGUCCAACCCGUGGCAGCAAAAGGUGGACUUUGUCCUCACAGAAAACAGGACACCAGGUCCUUCCUUCCACAACGCUGGUAGCUGAAUGCCUCUGACCACACCAUGGCAGGUUUUUGCAGUGUUCCUCCUGAAAUCAUUGCCCCAGCUGCAAAUGAGACACUGGAGCUGGCCCUGGGAAGCCAGGUUGUGCUGAACUGCACCAUGCGCUGGGCAGUCGGUGAGCACUGUGAGCCCGACCCCAUCUGGACCAAGGAUGGGCAGUUGCUGGGCAGUGAGAGCAGACAAGACAGCACAUGGCUUGGUCAGAAUGCAUCAGAGCACCUCCUUGCCACCGUCCUGCAGGUCAACCUCACACAGGAUGCUGAUUUUGGAGUGUUUGCCUGCUGGAUCAGCAACGCCACAGCCACCUUCACCCUGCGGAGAGGGGAUGUUGCAGGGCAUGUGAAUGCAGUGCUGGCUGCCCUGUUGGUCUUGGCCCUCCUGGUGCUGCUGGCUGGGCUCUAUAUCAGAUGCCGUCUGAGCGUGCUCCUCUGGUACAGGAACCACUACGGCGAGCUGGAGAUGAAUGAUGGGAAGCUGUAUGAUGCUUAUGUGUCCCACGCCGCCUCACCAGAUGAUAGAAAGUUUGUCCACUUCAUUGUCAAGCCACAGCUGGAGAACCGCUAUGGCUACAAGCUCUACCUGGAUGAGCAGAACAUCCUGCCUAAUGCUGAGCCAUCAGCAGACCUCAUCAUGAAUGUGAGCAGGUGCCGGCGUCUCAUUGUGGUCCUCUCAGUAGCAUACCUGGAGCAGGACUGGUGCAACAGCAGCUUUAGGGAAGGGCUCUGGAGGCUGCUGGAGCUUUCCAAGAAACCCAUUUUCAUCGUCUUUGAGAGCCAGUACCGGGAGAUCUCACACCCUGCCAUCAACCUGCUGAAGCAUCACAGGAGUGCUGUCACCUUGCUGAUUUGGCGAGCAGGAUCUAUGACCCCAUCGUCAGACUUCUGGAAGGAGCUGUGCCUGGCCCUGCCACGCAAGGUGGCUUUCCGGGGGACUAUGGGGGACCCACAGACCCAGCUCCAAGAGGACAAGGACCCCAUGCUCAUCCUGCACAGCAGCUACUUGGACAGCCGGGGAGACCCCCACCCAGAUGGAGACCUGGGUACAGGCCUCCGUGGAUAUGCUUUCAGAAGUCCCCUUCCUCCCCGCAUCAGUGGUCCUGGGGGGCCCACAGCUUUGUCUUCUGGCACACUGGAGGACACACAGCUGAAGGACAACCACAGAUCUGAGAUUGAUGUCUCCGACCUGGGCUCACGUAACUAUGGUGCCCGCACAGACUUCUACUGCCUGGUGACAGAGGAUGACAUCUGAACACAGCCACAGCCAAGCUGCUGAACUUCAGCAUCCUCACACUGUGGGAUUGCAUAGACGCUGGUCAUGGUUCCAGGAUCCCAGGCACAGUGAAGAAAUGAAGCUGGAAGGAGAGGAGCUGGCUCCUAGUAACAUGCUCCAUGGUGGAAAGCCAUCACGGGGGAACACUCCUGUUCACAGUACCUGGGCACCCUUGAGUGGUAGGUCCUCCUCCCUCACCCUGGGCAGAAGGGACAUUUUUCCUGCCUGAUGGACAAGCGUUGGGAUUGGUGAUGCCCUUGGAGAAGCAGCACACACCCACAUCCCUUUGCACCUCCUUCCCCUACCCUAGUUGCUUGAGGCAGCAGUCACCCUCUCCCCCGCAGAAACCCUGGUGGCAAUAAAAUGCUGCUGUUCCA